GCGCACAGCGCAGGGGUAGGAGGGGUCCGGUCCCGCGGGCCCCGCCGCCGCUGCUGCUGCUGCUGCCGCCGCCGCUGCCGGGCCGGGCUGCGCCGCGCUAAGGAGCGGCUACACAGGGCGAUGAGAUGACAACGUCCACCCUGCAGAAAGCCAUCGACCUGGUCACCAAAGCCACCGAGGAGGACAAGGCCAAGAACUACGAGGAGGCGCUGCGGCUGUACCAGCAUGCUGUCGAGUACUUCCUGCACGCCAUCAAAUAUGAGGCUCACAGUGACAAGGCGAAGGAGAGCAUCCGGGCCAAGUGUGUGCAGUACCUGGACCGGGCGGAGAAGCUGAAGGAGUAUCUGCGCAGCAAGGACAAGCAGGGCAAGAAACCUGUCAAAGAGUCACAGAAUGACAACAAGGGGAGCGACAGUGAUAGUGAGGGCGAGAACCCUGAGAAGAAGAAGCUGCAGGAGCAGCUGAUGGGUGCCAUCAUGAUGGAGAAGCCCAACGUAAGAUGGAGUGAUGUGGCUGGACUAGAGGGAGCGAAGGAAGCCCUGAAGGAAGCUGUGAUCCUGCCCAUCAAAUUUCCACACUUGUUUACUGGGAAACGCACACCUUGGCGAGGGAUCCUGCUCUUUGGGCCACCUGGCACUGGCAAGUCCUACUUGGCCAAGGCUGUGGCCACUGAGGCCAACAACUCCACCUUCUUCUCUGUGUCAUCCUCUGACCUGAUGUCAAAGUGGCUGGGCGAGAGUGAGAAGCUGGUGAAGAAUCUCUUUGAACUGGCCAGGCAGCACAAACCCUCCAUAAUCUUCAUUGAUGAGGUGGACUCGCUCUGUGGCUCCCGCAAUGAGAAUGAGAGCGAGGCAGCUCGGCGCAUCAAGACUGAGUUCCUGGUGCAGAUGCAGGGUGUGGGCAACAGCAGCGAUGGGAUCUUGGUGUUGGGUGCCACCAACAUCCCCUGGGUGCUGGACUCAGCCAUCAGGAGACGGUUUGAGAAACGGAUCUACAUUCCGCUGCCUGAGGAGGCUGCCCGUGCCCAGAUGUUCAGGCUGCAUCUGGGCAACACCCCGCACAGCCUGAGCAAUGAGGACAUCCAGGAGCUGGCCCGCAAGACUGAAGGCUACUCAGGGGCUGAUAUCAGCAUUAUUGUACGGGAUGCUCUCAUGCAGCCUGUCCGCAAGGUGCAGUCGGCCACCCACUUCAAAAAGGUCCGUGGUCCAUCCCGCACCACUCCUGGUGCUUUUGUGGAUGACCUUCUGACACCGUGCUCGCCUGGUGACCCUGGUGCCAUUGAGAUGACCUGGAUGGACGUGCCCAGUGACAAGCUGAUGGAGCCCACUGUCUGCAUGUCGGACAUGCUGCGCUCACUGGCCACCACCCGCCCCACUGUCAACACCGAGGAUCUGCUGAGGGUGAAGAAAUUCACAGAGGAUUUUGGACAGGAAGGUUAAGGAGUAAGGAGUGGCAGGCGUGAGGCUGGGGCAGCUGCACUAGCAGAGCGCCCCAUCACGUUCCACUCGCUGCACUGGCCGUGCCAAAUGGGUUCAUCUUGCGCUCACUCUCACCCCAUUGCACUGCAGUGCCCUGCAGGGGAGUCAUGGGGAGCACGGCCCCGGGGGAGGCUGACACUAAGGGACUGGGGGGCACGGGAGGAGGUCCUAGCAUGGUGUAGGUGGCUGGGUGCUUCCCCCUUCCCUACCUCCCCCCAGGGUGCACCCUACUAUUCUUCCUGCUCUUUUUUUUAAAUUAAUGCUGCUUUGGGUUCUGUCUUGUUUAUAUGAAAAUAAAAACAAUCCAAAAGCUUCAGCCAGCACCAGGCCCUUCCCUGAGAUCAUACCAGGUGAGCUCAGCCUGGGUCCCCCAAGCCCCCUGAUAACACACUUGCCAUGGUCUCUGGUUCUGCCUGUGCUGUUGCCACUGUCCCAGGGUGGGGUUUGGGGCUUCCCCUGCGCCAGCCACCCCAAACCAGGAAGUGUGGGGCAAGAAGAGCCAAGAGCUACACCAAGUCCUCACAGUGUGUAUUGGUUGCAAUAAAGCUGAGUGGGAGCCCUUGGG